AUGGCUGCAGAAACAAGAACACUGAAGCCUUAUGACCCAAUCCACAGGAUACCAGCCAGCAGGUUACAAUACCAUCUGGCAUCAUGCAAAAAGAAAAAUCCAAAGAUAGCUAAAAAGAUGGCUAACUGCAAAUAUAGUGUUUGUCACGUGGUCCCAAUCAAAAGGCUCAAGGAACAUGAGGCCAACUGUGUCAAGAGAACUGCAGUUGAUGACGAGCCACUUAAUCUUCUAAAGAUUACUUGCCCAAGUUUUGAAGGAAAUGAAAACUUCUCUAAUGCUGGCAAUCAGAUUACUGACCCUGAUGUCUGGAAUGUGGAUCAUAUGCAUCAUUCUCCUUCAUUUGUUCUUGAGACUUUUGCUCCAAAAAUGCUGGUUUGUGAAAGUGACUCAGGAGACCUACAAGAGGCUAUGGCUGAUAAACAUCCUAACAGCUACAAGUCCUGGGGAAGAGGUCAGAGAAACUGAUGGAAACAUUGCAAAUUGAAGUGCCAGCAAACAAACAGAACUCGUUUUUAAACCUUAGGAAAAUCUCAGCUUUUAAGUAACAACCAUUGUGUUUGCCAUCUUAACAUGUUUUUAUUUAAAUAAAGAAUAUUUUCCUUAAAGAAAAAAAAAAGAAUGCUAACUCAUCAUGAGUGAGUAAUCAGAUUUUUCCAUAGUUCCUGCCAUGGCUUCCCUCAAUGAUAGAUUGUGACCUGAAAGUGUAAGCCAAAUUAACCCUUUCUAUGCCUCAUUUGCUUUUGGUCAUGGUACUUAUCACAACAGAAAACAGUUGAAAAUAUAUUGCAAUGUCAGAAAACUAUACCACAUGGCAUAAUCUUCAAAGAUAUUGUGGGGUUAUUUAAAAAGUGAUCAGAUUCCAACUAUUUGAAGUUGAUACAAUCCAAAAAUGGCAGGUUUGGUAUAAGAAGGUAGGUUGCACAGCCUUCUUUCAUUCCCCUUUCCUCUUGUAUACUGAGGAGAGGAGGAUGUACAUUUGGAUACUUUCUAUCUUUACAGUGAUAUAAUCACUGAGUAAAGGUUGUAGAUGCUUCUCCUCAGUCUUAGUUACCUUCCAAUUCUUCCUUCAUGUUCUCUCUAAAUUGCUGAGAUGACCUUUUAGUCUUGUUUGUAGAUGUAACCAACCAUCUUAUUAAAUAAGAAACACAGAACCAAUGCAAAGAAGAAAGCCAAGAGAUCAGAGCUAAGAGCCUUACCCGCCUGCUGCAGCUAGCCUCUUCAGCCAAGAGACCUCUCUGAAAGAGACCUACUUCCUGUCUGUUUGUCUUUAUAUAGACUUUCUGUUCUGCCUUCUCAUUGAUUGUAAACCCAACCACAUGACUGCCUCAUCACUGCCUGUCUGUACAGACCUCCA